AUGGAGGCGCCACUUCAGCGAGAAUCCCCGCGUCGUGUGUCAGAGACGCCGUCCUCCUCCCCUGGGCCCCCGCCGCCCCCGCCGCCGCCCUCCAACCUGGCGCUGCCGCCGGGCAAGCAACAACGGGAAGAGAAAAGAGCGACGCUGAGCAAAGUAGUUAUACGCCGGCUUCCCCCUAACUUUACUAAAGAGCAGCUAGAAGAACAACUCCAUCCACUUCCGGCUCAUGAUUAUUUUGAAUUUUGUUCCUCUGAUCCCAGUCUUUUCCCCCACCUCUACUCAAGAGCAUAUAUUAAUUUUAGAAAUCCCGAUGACAUCCUUCUUUUUAGAGAUCGCUUUGAUGGCUAUGUCUUCAUUGACAAUAAAGGUUUGGAAUAUCCUGCUGUUGUUGAAUUUGCACCAUUCCAAAAGAUUUCUAAAAAGAAACUAAAGAAGAAAGAUGCAAAAUCUGGAAGCAUAGAAGAUGAUCCAGAAUAUAGAAAAUUUUUAGAAAGUUAUUGCGCUGAAGAAGAAAAAAUAUGUGCCAACCCUGAAACGCUUCUGGGAGAAAUUGAGGCAAAAACAAGAGAACUCAUUGCUAGAAGAACCACCCCACUUUUGGAAUAUAUUAAAAAUAGAAAAUUAGAAAAACAGAGAAUUCGAGAAGAGAAAAGGGAAGAAAGAAGGAGAAGAGAAUCAGAAAAAAAACGGCUAAGAGAAGAUGAGAAACGGAAACGCAGAGAGGAAGAAAGACGCAAAAGAAAAGAAGCUGAGAAACAAAAGAAAAUUGCUGAAAAAGAAAUAAGAAUCAAGCUUCUUAAGAAACCUGAAAAGGGGGAUGAACAGAUUACAGAAAAGCACAGAGAAAAAGAAAAAUGUGAUAUUGAAGACAACAAAUGGGAGAAAUCACCAGGACAUGGGAGUUUAAAAUCCAAGCCACUGGAAGUUUCUCUAAAGGAACUUAAGGAAAAAUCACAAAAUGAUAGUGAUAAAGAACAAAGAGAUUCAGAGAGAAGAUUUCGUGAAAAAGAACCUGAGAGACAAAGGUAUCGGUUGGAAGAUGGCCGAAAGCACAGAACUCACUAUGAAUUUGACAAAUAUGUGAGACGGAACGAAGAUGAGCCGAAGUGGGAGAAAGGGUACAGCCAAGACCGAGGAAAGAAAGUGAACUACAACUACAGCUUCACUGUGGACACAGUAGACAAACUGGGUAAAGAGGACAAGUGUGAUGACAUGGCAUCCAAAAAGGAGCGCAUAAGAAAUAAGGAUCGCCCAGCCAUGCAGCUGUACCAACCAGGAAUUCGCAUUCGAACACAUAUGGGACCUACAAGUAGGUUCUAUGACUGUGCUGAAACAAUUUCUCAAGAAGUUUGUGACAGAAGGUAUGAGGCAGACAACUCAGCUGGUGGUGGUUCUGAGAAGAGUGAAGAUGCAGAAUAAAAUGGACAGAACAUUCAGCUUUAAGAUUUAGUGCCCUACAGAGAAUGUUCUUAGAACUUGGCCGGCAUUACCAAGAAAAUUCUAGUAGGCAAUCUCAUUCCUUUAAGUUUUAAAAGUUUUAAAGUCUGUACAGAGUCUGGACCACAUAAAACAUCACAUAAAGUAAAUAAGAAUG